AUGGCGGCGCCCGGGGGCUCUGCUGCCGCCUCAGUGUUGAAAGGGUUAAUUCAGCAAUUCACCGCCAUCACGGGUGCCAGUGAAAGUGCAGGCAAACAUAUGCUUGAAGCAUGUAACAAUAAUCUGGAAAUGGCUGUCACUAUGUUCCUUGAUGGUGGAGGAAUUGCUGAAGAACCCAGCACUAGUUCUGCAAGUGUAUCAAAUCUGCGACCACAUACAGAAGAUGAAGUGAGGGCACCUAUUCCUCAAAAACAAGAAAUUCUGGUAGAACCCGAACCCUUAUUUGGUGCACCAAAAAGACGUAGACCAGCUCGUUCAAUAUUUGAUGGCUUUCGGGAUUUCCAGACAGAAACUAUUCGGCAGGAGCAAGAAUUGAGAAAUGGAGGAGCCAUAGAUAAAAAGCUCACUACCCUUGCAGAUCUCUUCAGGCCUCCAAUUGAUCUGAUGCAUAAAGGAAGCUUUGAAACAGCCAAAGAGUGUGGUCAAAUGCAGAACAAAUGGCUCAUGAUUAAUAUUCAGAAUGUGCAGGAUUUUGCCUGUCAGUGUCUCAAUCGUGAUGUUUGGAGCAAUGAUGCUGUAAAAAAUAUUAUCCGGGAACACUUCAUUUUUUGGCAGGUAUACCAUGACAGUGAGGAAGGACAAAGAUAUAUACAAUUCUAUAAAUUGGGAGAUUUUCCUUAUGUGUCUAUCCUGGACCCCAGGACAGGGCAGAAACUAGUGGAAUGGCAUCAGUUAGAUGUAACUUCUUUUUUGGACCAAGUGACUGGGUUCCUAGGUGAACAUGGGCAACUGGAUGGACAUUCCACCAGCCCUCCCCAGAAACGUACUCGCUCAGAGAGCUUAAUUGAUGCGAGUGAAGAUAGCCAGUUGGAAGCUGCAAUCAGGGCAUCAUUACAGGAAACACAUUUUGACUCUGAACAAAUCAAGCAGGAUAGCAGAUCAGAUGAAGAGUCUGAAUCGGAGCUUUUCUCUGGAAGCGAAGAGUUUAUUUCUGUUUGUGGUUCUGAUGAUGAUGAACCAGAAAGUUCUGCCAAAUCUAGAAAAUCUCCACACAAGGAUAUGGGAUGUAGAAAAGAGGAAGGCAGAAAACCUCAACCUGAACCAACAUCAAGAACUGAACCUGAAAUGAUAAUAAACCAUAGAGGACUAUCUUCUGUAGAUUCAGGAGUGCUAGAAGAAACUGGAACUAAGCCAGAUGACUUACAGAAAGAGCCGAGCAUGAAUGGACCAAAAGCACAACUAAUGCUAAGAUAUCCAGAUGGGAAGAGGGAACAGAUUUCAUUACCUGAACAAGCUAAGCUUCUGGCUCUUAUCAGACAUGUACAGUCAAAAGGAUACCCCAAUGAACGUUUUGAACUCCUCACCAACUUUCCCCGGAGGAAACUUUCCCAUUUGGACUAUAACAUCACAUUGCAGGAAGCUGGUCUUUGUCCACAAGAAACUGUAUUUGUUCAGGAAAGGAAUUAAUUUCCUCCCUUGUCAUCUCCACCUACAGUACUAACUCAGUACAUAUGCAGAAUUGAAAGCAAGCAGCCAUUUCUCUCCCAUUCUUUAUGCUAUUCUUAACAAGUGAACCAAGUGAAAUUGGCAGAAAAAGUUCAUUGAUGCUGGAGGAAGGCUUAUGUGUUCAGUGGUUUGUUGCUGUUUCAAAAUAAAGUUGCCUAUACAUCCAGCAUGCUGCAGAAGAAAACUCCCAAGAGCAAGAACAAUUUUCUUCCCCUGAGAAAAAGAUAUCUGUUUUCUUUAAUACAUUCAUUUUUCAGAGAUCAUAUAACCAGGCAUUAAGGAAUUUUUCAGACAACCAUGUCAACAUGUGCAAUAUAUCUACAUGGAAGAUAUUUUGUGUUUCCAAUUGACAUGUGCAUUGUUUGGUUUUCAGCAUGGGUUCUUUUUCCUUGGGUUCCACAUGUUCUGAAAUUAGAAUGCUUCCUACUGUAACUGCUGCUGGUUGUAUGUGAUAAAUUGUUACACAUUUAUGUGCACAGCUUUUUAGGAAAGAACCACAGGCUUUAAUGACUAUGUGAAGAGAUUCUGUGUUUUGGCUACAAGUCAAG